GCUGUUAGUCAUGUAAUAGUUAGGAUGAAUGGCUGUUGCUUCUUUGGCUAUUUCUUGUUUUGUUUAUUUCCUCCAGAAAAGACAGCUGUCGGCCCAGAGCUUGACCUUUAACCUGAAGGACAAGGUGUUCUGUGAACUGUUUCCUCAUGCAGUCGAUGAGAUCAAGCAGAAGCAGAAGGCCCAGGAGGAGUUGAGCACCCGCCCCCAGCCCCUCCCCCUCCCAGACGUAGUUCCCGACGGCGACUUUCACCACGGCAACUACGGAAUCCCCGCCCUCAACGGAGGCCAUGCCCCCUUGGGCCCUGCUAUGCUCGCCCCCGGCCUACAGCAGCCCAAUCGGAAUCACGGACUUCUUGGCGGGGCCUUGGCCAACCUGUUUGUGAUUGUGGGGUUCGCUGCGUUUGCCUACACGGUGAAGUACGUGCUGCGGAGCAUCUCCCAGGAGUGAGAGAGGAGAGAGGGCUGAAGAAAAGGGGACUGUUGACCCUCGGCCCAGUUACAGGACUAUUAGAGGAUUUAAACAUGCGGGGGGGGGGAGCACCCACCUGGAGAGGAGGUGGGGGUAUGGGGGGAAUGAAUGGAACGGGGUUGGUAGUUGAUCUUCUCUGUGCUUAUGACCCAUUACCAGGUGGAAGUGCUUGGCUCAUGGGUUGUAUAGGGAACCAUAGAAAUGUAAGUUAAGGUAGAUUGGUGAUUCUCUGUGAAAAGCAACGUUAUAUUGUAUAGCAAUGUGGCUUGGCAGCCAUGUUGACCAUAGGCUUAAUUCAUUGUCCUUCUCCACAUAAUUACUCUGAAUCCGCCGUGUUGUCUGUGUGCUAGAUCAAUUCUAUCUGUUGUGCCGCCAUGUUGGUUGAUCCCUGUAAAGAAUCGUGUGGAAUUUG